CGCGUUUCCGUAGGAAUGCGUAUCACGUGAGUUCGAGAAAAAGUCAGGAAGUAGACAAUCACAAACAAUUUCUUGCAAAAUAUCAAAUGUAUUAACUGCAGUUAACUCGAUUUAGGCUUUUGUUAUCAUGGAGUCGACCCUCGAGCUACAUCUUGAUGAUACCAUGAAAAAUCCAGCCAUUAUCGGAGUUCUCUGCACCGACCAACAGGGACAUAUUCUAGGCUGUCGUGGCUCUCUUUCUGAUGAGCAUGGUGGAGUGGUGUCUGUACUGGCCAGACAGGUAGCCUCUCUCACCAAAGACCCUACAGACAGCCCCACAGUGUGUCUGGAGUCAGAUUCAGGGAAUAUUCUAGUGAGAGCACAUGGAACCAUCACAGUAGCUGUUCAUAAGAUGUUGUCAUGAAGUCGCCCGAUGAAGAUGGAGGAGUCUGUUUCUGUUUGUAAAGCUGUUUGUUCACUAAUGCUAAAUAAUCCCACACAAUUACAGCCCUACCAAGCAAAAAGGCAGUAACUGCUUGGAACUGAGAAAAAGGGCUUUUAUUUACCUUGGUUUAGCAGUUACUGCAAACAUGACCCCCAUUUCCUCCAACACACAAUACAAUGGAGGCAGGAUACUUGUCUACAUGAUUAAGCAUGUACUUAAUGUAGCAAAAAUGACAUUAACUCAUUUUUGACCAAAUGAGCCGUUACUGCUGUUUUGCUUGGUAGGGCAGAAUACAUUAUCUGGAUCUAGGAGGUCACAUGCAGGUGUUAGAAGAUUCCAUUUCUUCAACUGUCUGUUUGGCCACGAGUCAUAUUUAACUGUCUGUUUGGCCACGAGUCAUAUUUAACUGUCUGUUUGGCCACAAGUCAUAUUUAACUGUCUGUUUGGCCACGAGUCAUAUUUAAAAGUCGACUCCAUACUAUUUGAGUUAUGUUUUGUAAGUUAAUAGGUCUGAUCAGUUUUUGUAUCAAUAUUUGUUGACCUGGCAAUUACUUUUUGGGACAUUUUUAAUCUGCAAUCAUGUCUGAUUUCAAAUUCCUCUAGAGAUAUUGUAUUCACAUUAAAAGCAAUGUAACAUCAA